AGGGACCAAGACCAACCCAGUGCACCACACAAGGCAUUGUCAGCGGCGGCGGCGGCGGCGGGCCGGCGGAGACUCCCAGGCCAGGAGCAGUCUGCCGAUUGGAAGGGGAGAUGAAGGCCACGCUCAAGGGCCGCUACGAGGGCGACAAGGCCACGGCCGCCACCACCCUCGCCGCCCCCGCCGGCGACCUCCGCCUCAAGGCCUCCGCCACCGAGGCCGCCUUCACCAACGGUCCUUCCCUGCGAGGCCUCACCCUCACCCUCGAGAAGCCCGGCGCCUUCCUCGUUGACCUCAAGCCCCACAACCAGGAUGUGCGCUUUCAGUUCAUGAACUCCGCGCUCGUGCUCGACAAGCGCGUCAGCCUCACCUACACUCACUCCACUAGCCUCGCCGCGGCCCCCGCCGCCGCGCCGCCCUCCCGCACCGCGCUCGACUGCACCGUCACUUUCGACCCCGCCAACAAGGUCAGCCUCUCCCACUCGCUAGGCUCCGGCGGCUGCCGCCUCAAGUACACCUACGCGCACGGGGUCGACCGCCUCACCACCAUCGAGCCCCUCUUCGACACCAACAAGAACGCAUGGGAGUUCGCCAUCACCAGGAAGUUCGCCGGAGGGGACGCCGUCAAGGGCACCUACCAGGCCUCCACCAAGCUGCUCGGCCUCGAGUGGAGCAGGGACUCUCUCGCCGGCGGCUCCUUCAAGGUUGCGACGACAUUCGAUUUGUCGGACCAAAGCAAAGCACCAAAGCUAAUAGCAGAGAGCACGUGGAACUACGAAAUAUGAAAAAUGGAAGUGUCCUUCUCAUAUCAUACAUACUGCUUGAUUGCUGUAUCCUCCUGAACUAUGGAGCUAUUGUUUUUUCGGAACCCUUGGUGGUGGUUUACAUCUGAUUCUUUUGAUCAUUUUUUCGGCUGUCGUGUCAUGGGAGUUUUCACUGAGCUGCGGUCGUGCCAUUGGAGUUUUCUGUU